GCUGCAUAAGCGCCAUCUUUUAGUGGCCACCACCACAACCACCCACCAUCAUUGCCCGCAGAGGCCACCCAUGGCAAACAAAGAAGCGGCGACAACAUAAGCAAAUAAUCACAUUAAACAAGUUGAGGCAGUGCCAAAGCAAACAACAUUGUUAGAGACGCGCGCGAGGGCUAAAGCCAACGUUGAAGAAAGCAGACAGACUGGCCGACUGUCUAACUGGCCCUGUCAAAUGGCAACUGGAACUGCGGGACUUGGGAGCGCGCUAUCGUUCUUCCGUUGAUAAAUUAAGUUGUGAAUACGAAAAAACAUAAUAUGAAAUAAUAAACAUAAUAAGAAGAAAGGAAUAAAAGGAAUACAGAGUGGAUAUACAAUGGAAAAGAAACAUCGGCCAACGAAUUUGAUUUAGAAAACAACCGAAGAACAAAAAAAAAGAAAAAGAAUGGAACAAUAAAAAACCAAACGCCAAAAAUUGUAACGAGGUGCAUCUAACCAGCUCCAAUUGUGCUCUCGAGCGAACAAAGGGGCAAGGAACGAGGGGGAAGAAAGAAAGAAAGUGUGUCUGUGUGUGGCAAAGUGGAGUGGAACGUGAAUGACAGAUAGGAUUAGGCGCCGCAGCAAGCAAUCGAAUAAACAGCAAUUAAAGUGCAACCGGAUGCACGAGCGGAUGUGCAAGCGAAUCUGCCAAAUUGAAGAGCGUGCCAAGUUUAUGUGACCACAGAGGCAGGCGAGUGGCUUAGCCGAGCCCAAGACACAAACCCAACCUCAAACCCAAACCCAUAUCCCGACACGAACUCAAACUCAAACGCCAACGCCAACGGCGACAGUGAAUAAUUUCCUGCUCUUCAUAUUCAGCAAACAGCCAACAAUUCAAGGAGCCAAGAAGCCAAAGAGCCAAGAAGCCGCUGAUUGCAACAAUAGAGUGAAAGGGAAGGAAGGAAGGGCGAUAGGGUAGACGGCUGACAGUCAGCGGGGAGCACUUGACACGCGGAGUUAACAUCAACAUCACAACACACACACUCGACUCCACCAAGUAGAGACCAUCGGCCUGUCGCGGUCUCGUUUCCGUUCCACGUUCCAGACCCGAUCCCAUUCCAGUCAGUCAAGACGCAUCCAACCAUCCGGAGGCUUUGUUCGAGUAGCAGCUCCAGACGCGCCGCAGCCCCAUUGUGUUUUUUUUUUAUUUUAUCAUUUUUUUAACUUGAAGGUUGCUGCUUCUGGUGCUUGACUUCAUCUCUUUUCUGUUUUUUUUUUUUAUUUUUUUUAAUUUUUUGUUUCUGGUUUGCUCCAUUUUUUGGGGGGAACCUUGGCUGAAUGUUGUGUCAGUGGCAGCAGCAGUGGCAGCAGCGGACGCCGCACGGGAUAAAGAUUCACCUGAAUCAUGGUUAUCUGCAAUCCCACUAAACAGAGACGGCUUUCAUCUACCCUUACCCCAUUCCUGAUCCCACUUCCGUUCACCUCACCUGUCGCUGCCCUGGCCCCACUAGGUAGUCUGCUGAAAUGUCUGUGUGUUGUGGGACUCCUGCUGAUAGGAGGAGGACUCAGUCCCGCCAGCGCCGAUUGGCUAAUGGAUUGCGGCAAUUGUCACUGCAAAUGGAAUUCCGGCAAAAAGACGGCCGAUUGCAGGAAUCUAAGUCUGAGCGGUGUACCAGAGAAUCUCAGCUCCGAGCUGCAAGUACUGGAUCUAUCGCACAAUCGUAUACCCUAUCUCGAGCAGAAUGCCUUCCUGGCCGCCGAAUUGCAGAAUCUGCACAAGCUCUUCAUAAGGAACAGCUCGCUGCAACAGAUCAAUCCGCGCAGUUUCACCCAGCUGGAGAUAUUAAUCGAAUUGGACUUGUCCAACAAUUUGCUAAGGGAACUGCAGCCGAACGUCUUUGUCCGACUGAUCAAGGUACGGGCCCUAGUGCUCAAUGGCAAUCUGCUGCAAUCGCUCAAUGGCGGCGUCUUCCACAAUCUGAAAUAUUUGCACAAGAUCGAGUUGAAACACAAUCGUCUGAUGCGCAUCGAUGCCCAGGCGUUUGUGGGUGUGCCGCUUCUGUCGCAGAUCUAUCUGGAUGGGAAUCAAUUGAAUGUGCUGCGCAAGGAGAGUUUCGAGUCGUUGAAACGUCUGACGGCCCUGUCCCUAGACCAGAAUCCCUGGAAUUGCACCUGCGAACUGCAGCUCUUUCGAGACUUUGUCCUCAAACAGAAUCUCUACACGCCACCAACCGCCUGCUAUUAUCCGGUGCAGUUGCGCAGCAUGCUCUGGAUAGAGGACCAGCCUCAGGCAUUUGCCUGCAAGCCGCGUAUAAUUUACCCGGCCCGCGGAGCCUCCAUCAACACCUCCAAAGAAAAUGUGACCCUGGUGUGCCGCGUCCAUGGCUCGCCGAACACGGUGAUUGCAUGGGACUACAACAAGCAACUCUACAGAUCGGAGAGCGCUUUACAACACCACCAUCAUCAGCAGCAGCAACAGCAGCAACAGCAGCAGCAGCAUCAGCGUGUCCACAUUCAGAUGGUACGCGAAGAGCAGUCCAAGGAUCAUCAGCAGUUUGGGCGAGAUGUAUUCAUCUCGCGUCUCACUAUUUUGGGGGCCGAAAAGAGCGACGAGGGCAUCUACACAUGCUUGGCAGAGAAUGCCGGCGGCAAGGAUGCCGUCCAAAUGAGCCUGCUGGUCCAAAAGCCUGGCCAAAGGGAUCUGUUGCUGCACAGCAAUCUCUUUGUCGUCAUCUGUCUGAUGGCCUUGGGCCUGCUCAGCGUUUCGGUGCUGCUCUCCAUGGUCACUUGCUGCAUUUACAGGCGUUUUAAGCAGCUUCAUCCUAGCCAGCAUGCCCAUUUGCGUCAGUUGAAUCUAUCGCCCCAACAACUAGCUGGCACCGGGGCAAAUAAUCCUGGAGGCAAUGGUGGUAUUGGUGUUGGUGUUGGCGGUGUUGCAGCUCCUCCUCAUGUUACCGGCGGGACAGAAGUUCUCCUCGAUUCGGUGAGUGCCGUAGAAAAUACAUCGCUCAGCAAUUUUAAGCAUCACAAGCCAUCGGAUCGCGAACGACCCGAUGGUGAGAUGACGGGACAAGAUAGCAAGUAUGUGGACGUGAUUAUGGGUGGCACUCAUCAUCAUCACCUGUCGCGCCAAUCACCUUCACCGCAUUCCGUGGUUGGUUAUCUGGAGGGUCAGGCCAUGGGCGCCGAAUCCGAGGGUCCAUCAAUGCGAUUGCAAAGAGAUCGCACUCGGGAUGGUUCGCUGCGUGGCGAUAGUCAGGAUGUCAGUCGUGGCACCCACUUUUUGGAGCAAAAGUCUGAAGAUAAGCUCAAUGCAAAGUUCAUGCAAACCGAAGUUAGCCGCAGCAGCACUAGAUCCUUCAGUCGCAGCGACUCCUCAGCCGGAGGACGCCACACAUCGAUUUUGGCCACAGGCAGUGAGUACAGGCCGGAUCUAUUGCCCACAUGUAAGAGUCAGCGGGGCAGCGGUGAGGAUUUGCCAUCGACAAUUGGUCACAAUCCGCGCAGCAAAUACAACAUUAAUGUCCAGGAAUAUCUACAGACCAAAUACGGUAGUGUCCGGACUGCGGCAAGUAGCAGCAACAACAAUAACAAUAGCAACAACAAACAACAUCAGCAACAGCACUCAAUUAAUGGCAACGAGGAGCAAGCGAUGGCAUAUCACACCAAACGUGAGGCCGCACCUAGCAUACCACUUGUCUCGUCCACAUCGUUAACACUGGCUGAGACCCAAGCCCGUAAUCUACAACGGCACUGCAAGUCCCUGCCCAUGGCCAUGCCCAAUUUGCGGAGCCAACCCACCGACAACAAUGCCGCAAGCUACGAAUAUCGUCAACCACCGCCGCCGCCCUACAGCAGUGUGAUUGCUCGAUCGGCGGCUAAUGCGACAACCAGCACGGCCACACUUCCAUCACCCUCUCCAUCGCCAUCUUCGCCAUCGCCAUCCAUGUGCCAGCUAACCCCACGAGGCGGUAAUCCAUCGGCUACAGCAGCGGCUGCUGUGCGCAAGCAACUUCUCUGACAGCUCGUCACGAGGACGAGGAAUAUGUGACCAGAGGAUGAACAGUAGAACGAUUCCCGAUCAGCGUCUACGUCGGAGUGGACAAUAAAUUGUGCAUUGCAGUGGCAAUGUGUCUUCUACGUAGCAUGUGUAUAUACCUAAUGUACAACUAAGAUUUCGUUUUUGUUUUAGUUAAUAAUAUAUACAAUACAUAUAUAUAUAAAUACUUUGUUUUUUUUUUUUUUUUUGUGUAGUCUUACUUAGUGCAUAUAAACUUAAGUGCUUCAUCUUAUAUACUUCCAUAAAAUGGUAAUAAAUGGUAGCUGGGUCAUGAAGCAU